AUGGCAUCAAUUUUGCAGCUACAGCUGAAUCAGAGGAGGCAAGGACCACUUGUGGUUCCGGACAAGAGCCUCCCCGCCAAGGCCUCGCUCCUCUUCGACCAGGCCAAGGCCGAACAUCUCGAUCUUGAGACCAUCCUCAACAUCGGAACAAAUGGAUUGAUGGAGCUGCGCAAGUACGACGAGCGAUUCGCCGCGUUCGAGGACACUCUCUUCAAUCCGGCGUCCGUGUCGCUCGCCCGACCGCAGAUGUCCAAGGAGGCGAUUCAGAAGCUUGAUAAGUCCGUCGAGCAGUUCCUCAUGCUUCUUUCGCCCUAUUUUCUCCUCAAGCCCGCCCACAAGGCCAUCGAGUGGCUGCUUCGCCGUUACCAAAUCAAUGUGCACAACGUGACGUCGGUUAUCAAGUGCAUCCUGCCCUACCACGAAACGGCCCUGUUCGUGCGCGUGGUGCGGCUGUGCAAGCUGAACGAAGAGUGGCUCUUCCUGCACAACGUGAAGAAGACCAAGACCAAGAUGGAUCGCGCCACUCUCGUGCAGAACUGUCUCAAGGACACCCACCUCCUGAACUUCAUCUGCGAGCUUGUGUCUAAGGCCGCUCCGCAGCAGGAAGCCAAGUCGCAGCAGGUGUCGGAAGUCCAUCUGACUCUCUACGUGGCGACCGUUCUCGAAGCGAUCGCGCGUACUGCCAAGGUCACCGACGAUUUCUUGCACGUCCUCCUGCCUCACAUCCUUACGGGUCUCAAGGCACAGAACCACCGCAACUUCCAAAUGGCCACCUACAUGAUUGUGGCGCAGCUGUCGACGAGAACCGUUCUCGCUCCCAAGCUGCUCUCCACCCUCGUCAAGGCUAUCGCCAAGUAUGCCACCGAAGGUACACUCAGGACGCCGCACUACGCCGUGUUUCUGCUGGUGCACAUUUCUAACAAGACAUCGACACCAGGCACUCAGCUGGACGCGCUCACGGCUCUGGUCUACCUGGCUCAGACGCAGACAAUUGAGUCCCUUGACAGCGCUCUGCAGCCCCUGCUGGCCUUCCGCUCUCUGCCGCUCUUGCUGGCCGAUCUCUCGCUGAAGUUUGACACCUCCAAUUUCCUUCGUCUCUUCCUCACCGGCCUUCUGUCGCACUGCACCGCUUCGGACGAUGCCCAUCUGGAGGUCCUGCAGUAUGUUGCUCUGGAGAACUUUGUUCCGGAGAUGAUUACGAUGCUGCUCGACACCUACGUUUCUUCCUGCCGCGACUCGAACCUGACCAGCGAGGAGACUGGCAACAGCAUCAAGCGGUAUCUGCAUCUGAUCGAUGCAAGGUAUCCCUCGCAACUCGACACCGGCCUUAACACCGCGCUCCAGUCACUUCGUGCGGCAAGCAACUCCGAAGGCAAGCGCUCGAGGCGCAAGAGGCGCAACUCGGCCUCCAAGAGGGCCGAGAACGGCGACGCGAUGGACGAAACCGCCAACGACAAGCCGGUAGAGGAGCAGGUCCUCGAUUUCAUCUCCCUCACAUUCCGAGGCACAUCGCACCAGAUGCUCGAGGAGUGCUCCACCACGCUGUUCCUGGCUCUGCAGCAUCCCGAGCAGCAGAUCCGUCUUCUGGCGGUCAAGAAGGUCGUGGCGCAGCUCGUCAACGGCAACGUGGACGACGAGCAGUUCGACGAGUUCAUCAAGGAUGCCCUGCUCGAACGGCUGGUGGACGACUCGCCCCAGGUGGUGUGGCACGUGUUCAAGAUCUACGACAUCCUUCUCGAUAAGAUCGAGCCCGAAGCGCUCUUUAAGCAGCUAAGCAACAUCAUCACCAGUCAGAACUUCAGGGCUGACCUCAAGACCAAGGCCCUUGAGACCCUUACCGGCAGCUUCCUGAAGAAGAAUCCCUCCUACAUGCGCGUUGUGCAGUCUCUCCUGUUCGACUCGCUGCUGGCGCAGGGCCGCAAGGACAACCUCAGGUUCUUCGCCGACGCCAUCAACAUCGCCGCGAAGCUCGCCUCGGAGCACAAGGGCACUAUCUUCGCGGGCAUCUCAGCUGCCGCCGAGAGCGUCGAUGCUCCCGCUCCGAGCAAAGACAAGGAUGAUGCUACAACUGAGGCCAAGGAGUCCCCGGAGAGCAAGAGGAAGUGGGUCGAUGGUGCAAUCAAGGGUAACGUGUUGGUGAUCAACGCGCUGGCCAAGAACGUGCACUCCAACCCUGCGACCUUCUGCCCGCUGCUCACGUCGUUUGUCGACAACGAUCAGGGCAAGCUCCUCACGUUGCUUGUUCUCAACAAGGCCCUCGCCCUCGACAGGAAGGAUGGCCAGGGCAAGAAGAGGAACCCGAUCCGCGAGACGCUGUUCAAGGUCCUGCAGGACCACUGCUCGCUGUCCGAUUUGCUCUCCGGCAACGGCAUCACCUACCAGGAGGCCAGCAAGUUCACUCAGGACCUCUCCGCCACUCUCGAGUCGGGCGUUCCUUCACGUGAGCUGUUCGAGCACUUCCUGUUGGCGGUGAGGCCUUACUUCUACCCCGUGGGCAAGCCCGAAGAGGAGAAGAGGCAGGCCGAGCACGCGCUCUACCUGUUUUGCCUUCACAACAUCACCGACUCCUUCGCGCCGAAGCCCACCGACAAUGAGUUCUCGCUGAUUCGGGAGCUCUUCAUUCUGUUCAUUUCGUCGCCUUCGUUCGACCUGUUCGCUCCGCACAUCAAGGUCCUGGCCUCGCGCAUCUCCGCCGUGACUUCGCUGCCGCUCUUCCUCUCCUCCUUCCUUGCCGAUCGCGAGGACAAGGUGUUGUUCGAGGACCAUCCGCUGCUGGUGCAGACGAGGUGCAUCAAGCUGCUCAACACGUAUCUGAUGGCGUUCCUCCCGGCGUCCACCGGCAAGGACAAUGCCGCGGAUGCUGGCACCGGCCAGAUGGACCUCGAAGCCGACAAGAAUAAGAAGAAGAAGAACAAGAAGGCCGCCAUCGGUGCGGAGCACAUGAAGGCACUGAAGGACCGCGAGCCGGAGCUGCACGAGACUCUCGUGCGCUUCUUCGUCGGCCUCGAGAACGACGACAAGGAGAUCCGCGUGUCGAGCUUCUUCGCGCUGUCGACCCUCACCACCCUGUUCUCCUGCCUGUCCGCCACCUCGGCCACCUCCAAGCUGCUGGCCAAGUUCCUCCACACGAUCGCCACCCGCAAGGCCGACUUCAUCCACGACAAGACCUUCCUGCGCAAGCUCUUCGGCCGCCUGCUGAGCGAGGAAACUGCCGCCGCCUCUGCCGAGGAGAAGAAGGACGUGCACCACAUCCUGGCCGAUAGCUUCACCGCCGAGGAGAAGGCUUCGCUCCGCGCUUUCGUGUUCGGCUUCGUGCUCCCGCGGGAGAAGACGCCCAAGUAUCUGCGCCUCUUCCUGCUGCACCUGCUGCGCGACGUGGCCGCGCCCGAGCUGGUCGCCAUCUCGCACGACAUCGUCCACGACUCGAUGACCAAGCUCGCCAAGGGCCAGGCCCUCAGCUACUUCGAUGCCAACCUCCUCCAGGUGGUCCUCACCUCCUCGCUCAAGCCGACAACCGUCGCCACGUUCAACCGCUGCGAGGGAGCCAAGGAGAGCAAGGGCGAGCUGCGCGAGGGCACCAAGUACCUGGCCGCCUUCCUCGAGGCGCUCAAGUCGCCCGCGUCGAUCACCUUCAGCGACAGCGACCAGAUCACGCAGCGCACCGAGUUCCUCGUGGACUACGUCUCGCCGCGACUCUGCAUCCUCAAGAGCCUCGUCGAAACCAACGGCUUCCACUUCAUGGCCGGCCUCUCGCUCGCCAACAAGAAGGUGCUCUUCAUGCAGUUCAUCGAGAUCCUCCUCGAGUCGUCCUACAUCCCGGUGUCGCCCAGCGCCGAAGCCGCUCAGGCCGACGAGGGCAAGAAGCUGAAGGACAUCGAUAUCAACGUGGUGGAUACGAGCAAGACCAUCAUCAAGUCGAUCAUCCGCGCAAUGAACCUCUCGUCCGAUCUCAUCCUCCGGUGUCUGCAGGAGCAGAUCACCAUCGCGCGCAACAGGACCAAGUCCAGCCAGCGCAAGGAGACCAAGACGGCCGGUGCCGACAACGCGAGCGCGGUCGGCAAGAAGUCCAAGUCCCGGCGCACGGCCGACGAGGAUGAAGACGGCGAGGAGGAGGAGGAGGCCGAACAAGCGUCAGCCAAGAGGGCGCGCGUGUGUACCACCAAGGAGCAGGAGCAGGAGGCCGAGAACGAGAAGGUCGCCGCGGCCAAGUCUGCCGAGGAGAGGAAGAAGGAGCUGCUCGUGAUGCAGCGCCUCAACCUCAUCCUGGAGAUCAUCCUCUCGCAGGUCCCCUUCGUCCAGGACAAGCCCGUCCUGCUCCAGCCCCUCGCCACCCUGCUCGACAUCCUUGUUCAGGGCCAGAAGAGGGAGGCCUCGCCCGAGGAAGAGGACAACGAGUACACGAAGCAGCUCAUCCUGUCGUGCCUGGAGAGCAUCACGCAGCACAUUUACGUCGAUUUGCACCCCAAGGCCCAGCAGGAUGCGAUGGACACCGAGGAGCGAACGGCUGCGACCACCAAGAAGGCGCAGACCAUCGAAAAGCAGUACAAGGGCGCACCGGAGACCAUUGUCCAGUGCAUCCGAGUUACCAGCAACACCCGCACGCAGAACAAGGCCCUCCUUGCUCUCGGCGCUGUGGCCACGCUCUACCCGGACCUGGUGCUGCGUCACGUGAUGCCCGUGUUCACGUUCAUGGGCGCGUCGACAAUCAGGCACGACGACAACUACACGUUCACGGUCAUGCAGAAGUCGCUCCGCGCCAUCCUGCCGUCCAUGGUCAAGCAGGGCGGCAUCGGUGUGUCCGACGUGCUCCGUAUCUUCGUCGACAACUUCCAGCACGUGCCUCUCCACCGUCGCCUCCACCUCUUUGCGUCGGUGCUCCAGACCCUGUCCCUCAAGUACCUGCCGGACCUUCUCCUUCUGUUCCUCGUCAAGCACAUCACUCAGGGGCCGCAGGAGCAGACCCAGAAGAAGCUGGACCAGUCGGUCUCGAUCGACGAAAGCGAUCUCGUCGAUCUUGAGGAGGAGACAACCAUCCCUGGCUUCUGCCACAGCCUGUGCGAGAAGGUGCCCGUUGCGGACCUGUGCUCGGCAUUCGUGCCUCUCGUGGAGAUCAUCACCGACAACCUCGAGGAGAAGACCUCCGACAUCGCCAAGUACUACGAUAAGAGCAAGAUGACGAGGGCCCAGAACAUCGAGCUGGAGCGCACCGUGAUCGACUUCAUGCUGGACCACUUCGCCUCAAAGCCGUUCCUCAACUCGCUCCUCAACCUCAAUCCCACCCUCAUCCGUUCCAUGCAGCCCAUCUACUUCUCUCUCUUCAAGCGCACCCUCGCCUACGCCCAGCAGUGUGCCAACCACGCCAACGAGCUUAAGGGCAAGAAGGGCAAGAAGGUGAAGGCUCAGGUCGAGCUGUGGACCAACCAGACCCAGGGCUCGUAUGAGGUCAUCCGCAUGCUCAACUCCUUCAUGUCGACGCCCAUGUUCAUCGAGACCGUGUCCGAUCUCCUGGUCCACCCCGAUUCUCAGAUGCGUCAACGUGCUCUCGAGCUGUUCAACGAGAAGGUCGAGGAGCAAAAGUCGCUUCAGGAGAAGAAGAAGGCCGGUGACGAGGGUCUGGCCAACUCCACGAAGCUCUUCCUCGACAUGGUGCCCAAGCUCACCAACAUCAUCAAGGACAAGGACAUGGCCGAAGACAUGAGCCUCACGAAGCAGACGGCCCUCCUGUCGCUGGAGAUGCUGUCGCGCACCUUUGCGGCGACCUACCCGACUCAUUUCCUCGGUGCCACGUUCGACGUCGUGUCGGCUGCCAUGCGCCACGCCAACCCGUCCGUGCAGGGCUCGGCGCUCAUCUGCCAGGCCGCCAUCUGUCUCCAGCUGGGCGCCAAGAUGGUGCCCAAGAUCCCCAAGUUCAUGCCGCAGGUCGUCGUGCUGCUCAAGAAGAUAUUCGCGCCUGCCAAGACCGACGAAGCGACGGAGGAGGCUCUCGUCAAGGACGAUGCCAAUCUCAAGCUGCUGCAGGUCAGCGCCCUGUCGGCGCUGGAGGUUACCAUCGAUGGCAUUGGUCAGUUCCUCAGCCCCUACCUCCGCGACAUCAUCCAGACCGUGGUCCCCAUUCCCGACCACUACUCCACACCCCAGAUCGUGGCCAAGGUGGGCAGCGUGCUGUCGGUGCUUGCCACCAAGGUGGAGGCCCGCUUGGUGCUCCCGCCCAUCUACCUCUCCUCUCAGUUCUUCAAGCAGGCUGCUCCUUCGACCCUCAGCCGGUUCGCGUCGUGGGUCGGCAGCGUGCUCUCCGGAAUGGCGCGCGAUACGGUGCAGACGCAUCACGACCGCCUCUUCAAGUUCUUCCUCGACUUCUUCGACUACCGACGCCUCUCGCACGUUCACGAGAAGACGAAGAAGGACGUGAAGCUCGAGAAGGAGGUGGCGUCGGUGGAGGACUCGUUCAUCGACGCGUUCCUCCACAUGGUGAUGAAGCUGAGCGAGCUCACCUUCAAGCCGCUCUUCCUGCGCGUCACCCACUGGACCACCGACUCGAUCUUCGUGCCGUACUACGGCUACCUGCUGGAUGACGCGGUGGCGUACCUCACCGGCACCAAGGAUGUGUUCGGCGAGAAGGAGGAGAGCGACGACGAGGAGAGCGACGAGGAUGCGGUGCAGAUCAUCAAGUCGUCUGCCAAGAAGGCGACGACGUCCGAGAAGGCGGUCGUCAAGGCGGUCGUGCCCGAGAAGCUGCGCGUGGAGCAGAAGAACGAGUUCCUUUCGCUCAUCUUGGCCUCCCUCCACAAGUGCUUCCUUUACGACGCCGAGAACUUCAUCACCCCGGAGAAGUUCGACCGUCUUGUGCCAGCGCUGGUCGCCCAGAUCGAAAACAACACCGGCUCGGUGAAGGACUACCAGGCUCGCGUGACGGAGCAUCUCAUUCCAGCCAUCUCCCAGCUGGCCAUCAACGUCGGCGACGACAAAUUGUGGAAGACCCUCAACCACCAGGUGUUGCUCACCACGAGGAGCAGCGCCGCUCCGGUCCGCUUUGCCGGUCUCAAGGUGGUGGAGGCCUUCUACCAGCGCCUCGGCGAAGAGUUCCUUCCCCUCCUGCCCGAGACCGUUCCGUUCCUCGCGGAGCUCAUGGAGGACAGCGCGAUGGAGGUGGAGCAGCUGUCGCAGGAGGUCAUCGCCCUCAUCAACAAGUACCUGCCCGAGGGCGAGUCCAUCGCCUCCUACUUCCAGUAA